AUGAAAAAAUUUCAAUUGAAAAAAAGUCGUUUUAUUAAAUUAAACUCAUCAAAUUCUUCUGAUUAUGUUGGUUUUCGAACAAUUGAAUUUGCAGAAGAAUUUCAAUUAGGUUUAAUUAUUUUAUUAGAAAUUCCGCUUCUUCCACAUAUUCAUCAAUCAGUUGUUAAUAUAAAACAAAUAUUAAAUCAAUUUAAAUAUCCAACAAGUCAAUUUAAUCAAAUAGUUCAAAAAUUAACAUUAAUUGAUCUUGAGCGUAUUCUUUAUCGUACAUCUAUUGAAGAACAAUCUGAUGGAAAAGGUUUUGGUAUUUAUAUAAUACCUGAUUAUGGAAAACUUUUCUAUUGUGGUAUUCAUGGAGAAAUAUCUAUUCUAGAAAUAAUUCGUUUAUUUAAUGAAAUAAAAGGGUCUGGAGAAAUCAGCAUGGCAACAGUUCAAUCAUUGCUCGCUCGACGACAACAAGAACAAUAUCCAUCAAAAAUAAAAACUCCUAAAUCCAAAAAUCAUUAUCAUUUCGGGUAUGUUCAUCGUGUAAAUCUCUCAUAA